AUGCAUCGCACCUACUCUAUGCGCGCGUCGCGCGCCCCGACUGCCUCGCAACUCGAGAACCCGCCGCCUCCCUCGUCCAGCACAAAGUCCGGACGCUUUUUCGGCAAAAGCAACUUUGGCCAUGCCUUUCGCAAGAACGCCGCCGGCGCCUUUGGGCCCGACCUGGCUAAGAAGCUGUCGCAGCUUGUCAAGAUGGAGAAGAACGUGAUGCGGAGUAUGGAGCUCGUUGGCCGCGAGCGCAUGGAGGUCGCACAACAACUGUCGAUCUGGGGCGAGGCCUGCGACGAGGAUGUCUCGGAUGUCACGGAUAAGCUCGGCGUGCUGAUCUACGAGAUUGGUGAAUUGGAGGAUCAGUUUGUCGACCGCUACGACCAGUACCGUCUCACCAUCAAGAGCAUCCGCAACAUUGAGGCGUCUGUGCAGCCCAGCCGAGACCGCAAGCAAAAGAUCACCGACGAAAUCGCCAAACUCAAGUACAAGGACCCCAACUCUCCCCGCAUUGUCGUUCUCGAGCAGGAAUUGGUUCGUGCUGAGGCUGAAUCACUGGUGGCCGAGGCCCAGUUGUCCAACAUUACCCGCGAGAAAGUCAAAGCGGCCUUCACCUACCAGUUUGAUGCCCUGCGCGAGCACUGCGAAAAGAUUGCCAUCAUCGCUGGCUACGGAAAGCACCUGUUGGAGCUUGUCGACGACACUCCGGUCACCCCCGGCGAGACGCGCCAGGCAUACGACGGAUACGAUGCCAGCAAGGCGAUCAUCCAGGACUGCGAGGACGCAUUGACCAACUGGGUGACUUCGGACGCGGCAGUGCGGUCGAACCUGUCUACGCGGUCGCGCACACUCUCUCAGCGCCGCGCCAACAACAUCAAGCGAGGCGCCGAGGAUGACCUCGUCGGCCAGGAGUCCCUGAAGGAGCGAGACUCGUGGGUGCCCGCCGACCAGCACGCCGACUACCAUGUUGACGACGUCAGCGACGAUGGCGUGGUCGAGGACGACGGAAGCAUCACACACACGAACGGCGAACAUCGCGGGCGCACCGAGGAGCGUGACCCUGUUGCUGCUUGA